AUGGACGAGGCGAUCAUUGUGGAUGCCGAAUUUGUGGCCCCCGUGGGGACCACUGCUGGCGAAUUUGUGCCGAUCGAUCGAGCCCCUGCCGCUGGACUGCUCUUGCUAGUGGCGUUUGUGGUGCUCUACGCCAAGGUCAUCAGCAAGCUGGGCAAGCCGGCCAUUCAGGAAUUUUUGUGGGAAAUCAUUACGAGAAUCGUACCAUCCAAGCAGCUACGAAGAAGAAAAGAAGCUCAGUUGAGAGCAAUUGAGGUGCAUACCCAGAGAUCAAAUACCAGCUCACAGGACCAGUUUGCAAAAUGGGCAAAGUUGGAUCGAGAGUACGGAAAGCUCAAGGUGGAGAUUGAAGACAUCAACAACUUGCUGACGGCCUCUAAGGCCCGGUUCUUCACAAUCAUCUCGUCGGCCAUCUUCCUGUCAACUACCGGGAUGAAGAUGUUCCUGCGAAUCAAGCACAGAAAGGCAGCUAUCUUCUGGCUCCCUAAAAACGCCUUUCCCUACCCAAUUGAGUACAUCCUAUCCUUCUCUUCUGCUCCUCUUGGGUCUGUCAGCGUUAGUGCAUGGCUGAUGAUCUGUGACGCUGCCAUGGAUCUGAUUGUCACCAUUUUUGUGGCUCUGGUUGUCGGAGUCAUUGGCAUGCUUCGCAGCAACAAGGUCAAGCCCAAGACGGCCUAA